AUGGGUUCACUCAGCAAUCUACCUCCCUUCAAAGUCAGCGAGGCCCGUCUCGCCCAGUCACUGCACGAGAGUUGCCAAUUUGGCGCUGCACAUAGAUGGGGAAAGGCCUCUACUGAGACCGGCAUGGCUCGACUGAGCCUUGACGACUCGGACAAGCAAGUCAGGGACUGGUUCAUGGCCUACGCAAAGUCUCUUGGCUGCAAGACUUUUUACGACCAGAUGGGCAACCUAUUUGCCAUUCGGCCUGGCAAGAACAACGAUGUUCCGCCCAUCAUGAUGGGUUCUCACUUGGACACUCAACCUACUGGUGGCCGUUACGAUGGAAUCUUGGGCGUAGUGUCUGGCCUCGAGGUCCUCCGAACUCUGAAUGACAACGGAUGGGAGACUGAAGGACCCGUCGGCGUGGUCAACUGGACAAAUGAGGAGGGUGCUCGAUUCCCCAAGAUGGCUGUCUCAUCAGGUGUCUGGGCCGACGUGAUUCCCCUCCAGACCGCAUGGGACCUGAAGGAGGUCCUGAGCUUGGCCACCGAUGGCAACCCCAAGUCGAUGAAGGAAGAGCUCGACAGGAUAGGAUACACAGGCGAGCACGCGGCAUCGUAUCGCUCGAAUCCAUUCGCAGCGCACUUUGAGCUCCACAUCGAGCAAGGACCCAUUCUAGAAGACGAAGGUCUCAAGAUCGGCGUUGUCCAUGGCGUCCAGGCUUUCAAGUGGUUCAACAUCACCGUCAAGGGCAGGGACAGUCACGCUGGUACAACCCCCCUAUACGCCCGCAAGGACCCCGUCCUCUGCGCAUCCAAGAUGCUCGUCGCCGCCAACGCCAUCGCCAAGCGCUUCGACGGCCUUGCCACCACCGGAAUCUUCACCACCGACCCCGGAACCGUCAACACAAUGUCUCACACCGUCACCUUUACCCUCGACGUGCGCCAUGUCAAGGACGACACACUAGCCCAAAUGGUCAAGGAGUGCGAGGCCGAGUUCCUCCGCAUCUCACGCGACGACAGCGAGAAGGGUUGUGAGGUCGAGUGGGAGCUGCUUGUCGACAGCCCUGCCGUUCAGUUCAGCAAGGAGUGCAUUUCUGUCGUUGAGGAGAGCGCUGCUGAUGUGUGCUCGACCCUACCUCAACUUCCAUCAGGGGAGAAGCUGUACAAGCCCAUGGUUAGCGGAGCUGGCCACGACAGCUGUUACACGAGUGUCCGAUGUCCUACGAGCAUGAUCUUUACGCCUACUCGCUCAGGGAUCAGCCACAACCCCACGGAAUACUGCUCAGCAGAAGAUUGUGCUCUUGGCGCGAGUGUACUUCUUGGGGCUGUCUUGAGAUAUGAUCAGGUGCGGGCGAGACGAGGAGACUUUAAUUAA